AUGAAAGAGCUAUCUACUACAUUCGACUACUACAUACUACCGAAUAAGAUCUUCUGCAGCAUAGUUGGAAUAUGGCCUAUCGAAGAAAGUUCAACAUGUAGCAAAAUAUUUGCGUAUUUCCGCUUAAUAGUAUCAUUAAUUGCAAUCAGUAAUUUCUUCGUGCCCGAGAUUAUGGCCGUAGCGUUCUAUUGGGGCGAUAUGGAAACCGUAAUAGGGAUAGGAAGCAAUUUAAUGUCAGCCACGCAGUUAUUCUUUAAAAUGAUCUAUUUAGUAGCGAGAAGAGAAAAAGUAUACAGACUUUACAACGAGAUACGUAUUCUAUGGGAUUCUACCGAUGAUCCUAACGAAAGGAAAUCUUACGAGCAAAUCGCUUAUCGGGCACGGAUUGUUACGAUCACUUUUUCUUCCUGCUUCCUAUGCAAUCUAACCACCUUCUCGAUUGCUACGAUUACCGAUUAUUUUAGAUUUGCAUACAACGGCAACAACACUAACGACAAGCGACAUUUACCUUUUCUUGUCUGGUACGGCACAGACAUCUCGGCAUCUCCCAAAUUCGAAAUCGCUUUCGUUGGUCAAAUCAUGACAGCCAUGAUUGGACUUUCAGCAAUCACUGCCAUAGACUGUACGUUUAUGACUAUGAUUCUACACGUGUCUGGACAAUUUAUACUUAUCAAGACCUGGAUUAAUAAAAUUGGAUUUGAAAUGAAUCGUAAAUCUAUUGACAUGGACAAGUUUGAGGAGGACCUAUUUAAAUGUAUUCGUCAUCACCAACGAAUAAUACACGUAGUAAAUGAUGUGAAUAAUUUGUUAACACCCAUCAUUUUCAUGCAACUUCUUACGAGCGGACUAGAAAUUUGUUUAAGUGGAUACGCAAUGCUCGAUAACGGGACAAAAAUUACCGAUAUACUGAAAUUUACAUCUUAUUUUAUUUCCGUGACGGUACAACUACUUUUAUGGUGCUGGCCCGGUGAAAUCCUUGUCCAAGAAAGUCAAGAAGUUGGGCAGGUGGUUUAUUUCAGCGUACCAUGGUACAAUUUACCUCCAAUUUAUCGAAACCACGUUUGCCUUAUGAUAAUUAGGGCACAACAAUAUUGCAGCAUCACAGCAUUAACUUUCAAAGUGUUGUCUAUUCAAACAUUAACGGCUGUAUUCAACACAGCUACCUCGUAUUUUACCGUGUUACAACAAAUGCAACAAAACUAAAUUCCAACGAAAACAGUCAAAUGUUCAUCUAUAGCGUAGUACCCUCGUACGACAGUUCAAAAAGUAGUCUGUAAAAGAAAGU